AUGUCAAACGAUGGAUAUGGCUGGCUUUCAAAUAAUCCACAACCAGACUUAUAUCGCAUUGACCACAGAUAUGGACCUGCCUCCGGACUGGUACAAAGAGACUCGGCUCCGUAUGUCGGCAUGCCGCCAGCGUUACAAGCUCCUAUAGCUGAUGCUUCCGCCUACCUUCACACCCCAUAUCAUCCGCCCAACCAAGAAUAUAUGAGAACAAAUGUUCCCUAUGCAAAUCCCACUGCUCAGUACCAUGACUCCCAAGGACAGGUCUCUCAGCCGCCCCUCACCAAUUCCAAUAUUCCAUGGAAAUCAUACACACCCAAACAUUCAGACUAUGGCCACGAUACGAAAAGGCGCCGUACAGACACUUCUACGCCAUCAAACAAACACGGCAUGAUAUCUACAGUCACUCCCGCCACGUCGAAACCGGCCUCAAAAGAAAAUCUCUCGUCCUUCUCCUUCAGCCCCCGUGAUACUACAGACAGAUCAUUCCUCAAGAACCGUGUGGAUAUCGUCAAACCCCUUAGCAAGGUAGAUGCUGCUGUAAAACUUAGUUAUGACCCGCGGACGAUCGCCAGAGAUGUGUUAAUCGCAGCCGGGCGACAUCCGACGGAACCGGCAUUAAACCAUCACCUCGUUCGCUUGCGCGAUGUUUUCCUCCAUGUCGAUAACUCAUCCGACUUGGAAACCUUUCGCUGGGACAUGGUCGAUAUGCAGCGUGUUAAGAAAGCACGUGAUCCGCCUCGGGCGCCGAUGCAAGUUUCCGCUCCGCCAAAGGAACCGUCAUUACACAGUACGCCCGCACCAACCAUACAAACACAAAGCCAACCCGCACAACAACAACCACUACCACCCCCGCCGCCGCCGCCGCCGCCUCAAGUGCAACACCUCAAUCAACAACACUCAGAAAUCACAGAGCGAAUUCAAGUACAGUCUCCAGUGCUGAGCAAACCUCAGGCUUUGCAUACACCACCCAUAGUAGAGGUGCCGACAAGAAGUCCAAGUAUUCAGUCGGGGAAGAUGGCUGGGAAGAGACCUGGAAGGCCGCCGGGACGCCCUCCAGGACGCCCCCCAGGGUCCUCAAAAAUCCAGGUGGUGGCUCCUUCCACUCCGGCUCCUCCAGUUCCUUAUCAGGUUUAUUCCUGCGAAUGGGACACUUGUAACGCUGAACUUCAUAACCUGGCAAUGCUCGCCAAGCAUAUUUACAAAGUGCAUGUACCUUACACCCUCACCUGCGCAUGGAAGGGCUGCAUCUCCGAUGACAAAUUCCCUGCAGCCGAACUAGUGAAGCACAUACGGGGCGCUCAUCUUGAUCCCAUUGCCUGGAAGUUAGGUGAUGGACCAUCAGUGCCUGGAACUGGUGAGAAAGCAUCUGGCUGA